UUCUACCUGACUUGGUUAAAUUUAAAAAUUAAAAUAUAAUAGGGUUUUUUAGUGUAGGUGAGAAAAAAUACACAAAUAAGACAGUUUAAUGAAAAGGCAAUUGGAAAAUAGUAGUUUCAAUUCAUAAAAUUAUAAACUAAAUUUUUAAAUUCAAUCAAAGUUUUGACUUUUUUUAAUCUGUUUUACAAAUAUGCGAAACGAGUGCCACCAUGAUGACGACAACAAGGCUGUAAACUACUUGAUGUCAAUACGCGUUCACUAUUUCUAAAUUAUCGAAAUAGACAAAUUUUUCGAACAAUAAAUUUGGAUCUCUUCUCGCAAGUUGUAACCAAGUUUUCCUUAUAGUUAUAUUAUUUGGUACGUGAAUCGACAAUUUGUUCGUCAUUUUUACUCUAGGAUUCUUGAAUUCAGGAAUAACACACCAAUGUUAAGAAUAGUAGCUCAGUUUAAUUGUAAUAAUUUCCUUUUUCUGUAUGCACAGCGUUGUUACUUGAUGUUUACUGUCGAGAUGACGUCAACGUGGCCUCUAGCCUUUUUGUUUAUGUAGACGGGAAAAUUUAAAAUGUAAUAUAAAAAUGUAUUUUAAUGGCACUUAUUGAUUGAAUAUUUUUUUUUAUAAAAUUUCAGUGACAUUUUAUCUCCUUAAGGUUAAUUUGAGACACUUUUCAAAAAAGAGUGUAAUACCCUAGUUAGUUAGUAUAAAAGUUCACUGUCUCAGUAGCGUAGUUUACAACUCACGCUCGGUGGUAUCGGGUUCAAAUCCCGGGUCGAACACUUCUAUUGGAUUUCUUCUCGGUAUUAGCCCGGAGUCUAAAAUAUGUGCCCAAUACGGCGACAGACUCGCUCCCUAUUACAUGGGACGGAAUAACUACGCACGGCGAAAAGUAAAUGAACUGGUUGUGCUUUCUGUGUUGUCAGAAUAUCUACUUUGUAAUAAUACAUUGCUUAAAAUCCUAGUGUAUUUACAUAACUAAGUAGGUGUUUCUUAUCUCAAUAAUUUCGAUGAUAACUGUAAUCAAUACUAUUAAAAUUUCGAUUAGAUAUCUAUAAAUAUCGGUGUACGUAAAAUUUACUUACAUAUAAUUAUUUUGGGCAGUUGGAAAAAAGGAAGGAACAAAAUUUUGUUUAACAGGAACCUAAAAAAAAGGCGAAAAUACACAAAGUUUCAGAAAGUUGGCCUUAUUUUUGCUGCUCGUACUUUAAAAUCCGCCCUGUAGGCGCUUGCUUGGCGCCUACCGCCCGUGGGCCGCCGCCUAUAAAGUCUAUUGACAAAUCCAACAUUGUUACGCAGUGAUCACAACAGCAUAACGCUCUUCAAGAUACAUACAGACAACCUAUAUAGAUAUAACGCAUAGAGACAUAAGCCAUAGGUAAAAAUACUUGAGGCGGUGCUUCCAGAAAAACAGCGCGCUACCGUAUUUUAAAAGCUACUUACCUAUUGGAAAUUAAUAAUACGUAUAGAAGAAAAAAAUUUAACAUUUAAUAUUUCGCCAAUAUGUUAUCUUUACCUUUGGUUCUUUAUUUUUUUUAGUUAUUUGAAUAAUAUUUCAUUAAUUUCAUUGUAAAAAAAGCCAUUAUACUGAAUAGGGUAUGUUACUAAUUUUUUUAUAACUUUUAUAAAAUGUACAUCGUGUAAAUUCUAAAACAGAAUUAAUCAUUGAAAUCUGUUGAAAAACCCACAAGUUAUAAACCAUUGAAGUUAGGUAGUAGGGGUUGAUGUCAAAAAACAGAAAAGGGACGAUAUACUUCUCAGAACAAUGACAAGCAAUAUACAGUAUACUUGAUUGCUUGUUCUUGUUCUGAGCUUGAUACUGAAGUCCUUCAGAUGAGGACUUUACUUUAUCGUGUAAAAAGUACGUUUUCUCUUUGGUUUAUUGACAUGUACCUAUAUGCAUUUGUGAACACUGCCUAUUGCAUUUCUGACGUGUCUCAGACGGCUCCCAACCUAAAAGAUUUCCCCAGGUUCAAGUAAAAUAAUUAUAUUUGAAGAAAUCAUCACUUUUAAAAUACUUUGCUUGUAAACGGGAUGGCAAUAUGUCUAUUGGUUCUAUUAAUAGUAUUCAUACAGUGGAUGUGAGAUGUGUAAAGGAUAGGGUCUGGGUAAAAACUUAAAUUACGUUAUGAUUUAGAAAUUUCAUUUGUUUUAUUUCGUACUAAGAAUGGUGAUUCUUUUUGAAAAAUAUUAAUUCUCGAAUACAAAAGAACCGAAAUCUGAUAAAUCGAUUAGAGGUCGAAAAGAUUUUCUAAAUGUCGAUUAUUGCAACACUUAAUGUUUUAAAAGUAAAUUGUGCCAUUUUGAAUAAUUUCCCUAUUAUUUCAGCAUUCAAUGUUAUAAUAAUCGAGUAUUGUAACAAUGAAUGUUAGUAACUAGUUAAGGCUUUUAUUUAGGGAACGCUGAAAGUUUUGUUCUGGGCAUUGCUGCGAGUAAUAUCUAGUUACUUAUUAAGGGUAAUUUAAUUUCAUCAGCUAGUAACCCUAAAUGUGACAUUUGCAUUAUCGGACUUCUAUGGGUGAUUGUAGUGGGAAUUAGAAUCUUUCUAAAGUUGGAAUUGGAUUAGCAAGAGGCGGAUGGCUAUUAGUUCUAAGUAAACUCGGCUGUCUGCAUACUGCAGUCAUGGCUAUGUCAAAAGGAUUUAAAGUGCUCGAAAAAUCUUCGCCACCAAGUCCAUACAGUAUAAUUUUGCAACAUAGAAAUAAAGACACGGCACUUCUGUUUGAAUCCCAAGCAGUAGUCUCAUUAUCAUCUCAAGAAGCUGAAACUUUACGGAAACAGUAUCACAAAAUCGCAGACGCCUAUGGCUGCCUAGGAGUAUUGCAACUAAACUCCGGCGAAAGUUUUCUUCUUUACCUCGUCCUCGUCACGGGCUGCUGCUCCGUCGGAAAAAUCGGCGAUGUCGAAGUCUUCAAAAUCACACAAACGCAAUUCCUACCUUUGUUUUAUCAGUCACAAGGCGAAGACAAAGUUUCGGAGGUAAGAAAAUUGUUAAAUUCGGGAACUUUUUAUUUCUCAUGGAAUUCAGGAAAAGUAAAUGACAAUCUUUUUGAUCUAACGUUGUGCGCACAAAGAAAAAGCAAGGCUGCCAGUCCUGAUAAUAGAUUUUUCUGGAACAGAACACUAUUUAUCCAUCUGAUAAGAUAUGGUAUUGAUUGUGAGGAUUGGCUUACAAGGGCCAUGUGUGGUUCUGUUGAAAUUCGCACCGUCUAUGUGGGGCAUCGUCAGGCUCGAGCGGCGCUAGUGUCCAGGCUUAGUUGUGAAAGAGCAGGAACAAGGUUCAAUGUGCGAGGAUGUAAUGAUGAUGGCAAUGUUGCUAAUUUUGUUGAAACCGAACAAGCAAUAUAUAUUGAUGACUCCGUAGCAUCCUAUGUUCAGACUAGGGGAUCAGUGCCAUUGUUUUGGGAGCAACCAGGCAUCCAAGUUGGAUCUCAUAAAGUAAAAAUGUCCAGAGGCUAUGAUGCCUCAACUAGCGCUUGUGAUAGGCAUUUUUCUCAACUGAAACGAAACUAUGGUGGGGUGACUGUUGUAAAUCUACUUGGAUCUAGUCUUAUUGGAGGAAGUGAAGGUGAAGCCACCCUAAGCAAUGCAUUUCAAAAGCAUAUUAAUGAGUCUCCACAUGCUGAUAUCAUUCAAAUCAUUUUUGAUUACCACCAGGAAGUUCGGGCAUCUUCUGUGGAAUCUGCCUUGGCUAAAUUUAAAAGAAUUGUAGAAAAACACUAUGAUGAUAUUGGCAUAUUUAGUGCUAGAGGUGUAGACAUUUAUAAUAUUCAAAAAGGUGUUAUUCGCACCAACUGUCUAGAUUGCUUAGACCGAACUAACUGCAUACAAACAUUUAUAGGCAUAGAAAUGCUUGCCGUGCAAUUGAUGUUAUUGCAGUGUCUAGAUAAGAAACAAAAUGUUAAUAGGUUUGAAGAAGUUUUUAAGCAAAUGUGGAUAAAUAAUGGAAAUGAAAUAUCUAAAAUAUAUGCAGGCACAGGAGCUAUUCAGGGAGGUUCCAAGUUAAUUGAUGGUGCUAGGUCAGCUGCUCGUACAAUUCAAAACAAUCUUUUGGACAAUUCUAAGCAGGAAGCUAUAGACAUAUUAUUAUUGGGUUCAACACUGAACUCUGAAUUGGCUGACCGCACUAGGAUUUUAUUACCAUCAAAUAUAUUACACACUGCAACACCAGUGCUCCGAGAGAUGUGUCGCAGAACUAGUGAAUUUACUCAACCAACUACAAUACGAAUUACUAUUGGUACAUACAACGUAAAUGGUGGCAAGCAUUUUAGGAGUUUGGCUUAUAAAGAUGUUUCGUUGGCUGAUUGGUUAUUGGACUGUCCAAAUUCAUCAUUAGUAAAUACAGUGAAUUUAAAAGAGCACCCAUCUGAUAUUUUUGCCAUAGGAUUUGAAGAAAUAGUAGAUCUAAAUGCCAGCAAUAUAAUGGCUGCAAGUUCUGAUAAUGCUAAAGCUUGGAGUGAAGAACUUGAGAAAGUCUUAUGUAGAGAUGCUUCUUAUACUCUUCUUUCUAGCCACCAGCUAGUUGGGGUAUGUUUAUUUAUAUUUGUUAGAAAAGAUUUAAUUCCACAUAUUAGAGAUGUUGCACUUGAUUCUGUAAAAACAGGUUUGGGAGGUGCUACUGGUAAUAAGGGCGCAGUUGGUAUACGUAUGGUCAUUUACGGCACGUCAUUAUGUUUUGUAUGUGCCCACUUUGCUGCUGGCCAAUCACAAGUCUCUGAACGUAAUGCAGAUUACACAGAAAUAACUAGGAAAAUCGCCUUUCCUAUGGGUAGAUCUCUGUACUCACAUGACUACGUGUUCUGGUGCGGCGACUUUAAUUAUCGUAUCGAUUUAGAUAAGGAUGAAGUGCGAUCACUAGCAGCACUGAACAAUAUACAACAAUUACUAGAAAAAGAUCAACUCAUCCAACAAAAAUCACAAGGCCUAGUUUUCAAAAAUUGUUUUGAAGGUGAAAUUACGUUUUCACCAACAUACAAGUACGACUUGUUUAGUGAUGACUAUGACACCAGCGAAAAAUGCAGAGCUCCAGCGUGGACCGAUCGUGUAUUGUGGAGAAGCAGGAAAUACACUAUUGACCCAGAUGGAACUUCAGAAAUGGGGGCCGGAAAAUUACUACAUUAUGGUAGAGCAGAGUUGAAACAGAGUGAUCACAGACCCGUGAUUGCAAUACUGGAAAUUGAAGUCCUUCAAGUAAGUUACACAAAAUGCAUGGAGGUGUUCUAUGAAGUUGUUAAAGAUCUUGGUCCGCCUGAUGCUAGUAUAAUUGUUCAACCAUUUGAAGAGUAUAAUAGCGAUGAAACGAUUUUUGACGAUAAUGUUAUGGCAGCUGUACUACAAGAAUUAGCAACGUUUGGUGAAGUCACGCUUGUUCGUUUUAUUGAUGACCAAACAUUAAGUAUUACAUUUCGUGAAGGGCAAAAUGCUUUAGCAGCUGCCCAGAAAGGUCAGUUGUCAGUUUGUUCAAUUCCACUAAGAAUUGAAUUGAAGUCACCCAACUGGGUCGAUAUUGUACGAACUGAAAUAAAUUUAUGUUCAAAUAAUACUAUACCGCUAUUUGGAGAAGCUCAAACAGAAAGGCCCUUGAGAUCGGCACCACCGACCCCGCGGAGACAGCAACCCAGUAGACCACCCGCACCAUCACCAACGCCGUUGGUACCGUCGAGAGUGCCGCCUGUGAGUCCGGCGCGACCUCCACCACCUCGUCCGGCGCCGCUUCCACCAGAGGCUAACAAACCUUCAUCUCCACCUGCGGAUAACAUCCCCCCACCGACCUGUGCUCCACCCCCGCCCCCGGAGGUGAGCACUCCGCCGCCGCUUGGACCACCACCGCCCGUGCCCGCUAGACAAGGCGCACCGCCUCCAUUGCCAGCUCGCCCACGACCAGCCUCUUAAACGUAGACAUUGUAUACUGAGUUAUUACAAUUAUCAUGUAAUUAAUAAUUUGGUACUUAUAUCCAAUACCCAUACAGAAUUGCAAAUAAAUAUACCACAAUAUUAGAAAUGAUAUAGCAUAGAGUGGGAAAGUUUACUAUAGAUUUACUUAUAAAAUUGAGCGGCUCCGCAACAAAGUAUAAAUCAAUAUUUUGUUUGAUGCUGUUUGAAAUUGAUGCUAUUAAGCAAAUAGAUAUCGUAGAUAUGAACAAAAUGGGUGAAUACUCUUGUUGGAAUUUAGUUUAGAUGUUAGUGCAAUAAAUAUGAGUAUACUACUUAUUUAUUUGUAAAUCAGCUAUUGUAUUUAUUGUGCCAGUGUGGAAGUUGUAUAAAAUAAUGUCCUUAUUUGCAUCGAAUCUUUUCUAAACUUUACGUAUUUUCUUGUACAAGUUAUUGAAUUAUUUUAUACAAAUGCGUAUAUUUUUUAUUUUUGUAUUGUAGUUUUAGAUUAAGAACAAUAUGUUUUUUCAAAAUAGGGACAUGCAUUUUACUCCAUAUAAGCUACCUUUAAUUAGUAUAUCUACCUUUUAAAAUGAUAUCAACCUGUAUAAUACUAUUCCAUUGCAGGGUAGAGGCCUUUAACAUUGAGAGGGCUAAAGCCUUUUGUCCACCACGCUGCCAAUAUGGUUGAUAAAUAAUAUGUCUGUUAAUAUUAUGAUUUACCUAUGUUCCUAAUCAUUAAUUACUAGUUAUAAAUAAAUGUUUUAGAAAUAGUAAUUUAUGUAUGUUAUAGCAUAUGCUAAUUAAUUAGCUUUACCUUUUAGUAUUAUAUUGUAUCUAGUAAUAUAAGUACUUACUUAUUAUUACGUUAUCCAGUGUCGAUAAAUAUUUUGAAUGUAUUCGUUCCUUUUGGUUACAUAUUGGAAAUCUGAUCUUUUUGAGAUAAAUAGAUACUACUUACGAGAUUUGUACAAUUUAUGGCUGUGUUGAGCAUUUUGCAUGAGAUUCUAUUGGACUUGUAAUAGUGUUAAAUAUAUUUAAUUGAAAUUUGUAAAAUAGUUGUAUUAUGUUCUCAUCCUGUUAUUCUUGAUAUUUAUGUUAGAUUUCUGGUGUAUAAAAUCCAUCUUGAAAUCGUUUAUUUAUUUUUUUUAUGACUAUCUUUGUACCUGAUCUUUUAUUUCUGGGGGUACAAUAGUAUUUUGGAUUUUUAAAUGUUUUUAAGAAAAACAUAGAUCUAUCUUAGUGCUUGAGGAUAGUUGCAAGAUAUAAAAUUACAAUAAAUGCAUUUAAUGUAUAUAAAUGUAUGGCGUUAUGCCUAGGUAAUGCCAGUGUUCUAUGUUACAUUAUGAUAUCUGCUUAGUUAAACGAAAUUAUAAAAUGUUAAAAUGUUAA